AUGGCGAGACUGGGGAAUGAUGGUCAGGCCUUUACCGGAUCUCACUCCUCAAAUGAAAUCCUAAGCCCCCAGCCCUGCGCUCCUCCAGGCAAGGAGCAUUUGCUUGCCACGUUCGACACAUCCCACGUUCCACACAGCGAUAACGGAUCAGCAACCGAUGGCAGCCGGAUGUUGAGUCAAGAGUAUGAAUACAACUCAUCUAGCUCAUCAAACCGACACUCAACCAGCGACAUAUUUGGUCGAGAGAUGGACGAAGAGCUCGAACAUAUGAAAUCGCGUGCAUCGAGCCGCUCGUCCAUUUCCUCCAUGCCUGCCUCUAUUCUCAUACAUCCUAUCAAUCACGUGAAAUCAAUGCCGCCAAUGGAUAUCCACGAGAAAAUGGCCGGUUAUAAAAUUGAAGAAUCAGAGGCCAGCUUCGGCGAUUUCGACGACCCGCCCAGACAGAUGCGGACUAUUCGGCCCCGUGAAGCUGGAUUCCGGAAACCGAGCUCUGUCCGCGCCAUACAGAUGCACACAGAAGAUGAAAGGGACGAUGAUGAAUAUUUAACUCCGCCGAGACGUCGGCCCGGGAUGCGCUCGCCAGGAUCUUCACCUGUGAAACGGUCACCAUAUUACUCGCCGAAUAACUCGACCAGCAAACCCAAGCCAAAGAAAGAUUACCCUCUCGUCUUACUCCACUGCAAUCUACUUGCUCCCUCUCUUCCGGUGCCAGGUGCUUCGGAUCCGCAGAAUCAAGAGCUUGUGGAGGAGGUCCUACCCCCUCAAUACUGGAAACGCUGGCGGCGGUUGCAAGAGAAGGCCGGGUCCGGUGUUCUCCGUGAUAGAGGUGUUCUGAUCUCACAUCCAGAAGAUCUGUACGACAUGCUCGAAGAGCGACUUCUGGAAAGUCUGGAACUUCAGCGUGCACGGGUUCACCAAGGCCAUUUCCUCGGUCAUGAGGAAAGUAAUCCCGGAUCAGAAGCUGAGAAUUCAGAUCAGAGUGGAAGCGAGUCAGAUAGCGAGCAAGGCGAGGAGUGCCCAGAUUGUGGAGGGCAUGUUCUUCGCCAGACUGACACCAACCGCAAAUGGGAGAUCAGGGUCUUUGCAGCUAAUGGGCUGAUGCGCGCUGGGGCUUGGGCCGCUGCGUGGAAAGAGAUGGAAAAGGUUGAUGUCGAGGUCGGGCUUUGGCUGCCAUCCAGUGUGCGUAGAGCGUUAGAGAAACGAAUUUUAGAGGAGCGUGCAGCUGCGCCGAAGGAGGAACCUUCGGGUAUGCUAGCUAUUCGCGAAGCAGCGCAUCAGGACAUGGACCGGCGUGACUCCAUUCAAGGACAUAUGAGGUCCUUUAGUGAGGCAGCUUUCUCAUCUGCUGCUCCUUCACAGCCUGUUCUAGCCCUUCCUCCAGUGGCUGCUCCAGCGCCAACACCGGCGAUCAGAAGCAAAGAGCCAGAGCACGAGAUUGCUCUCGGGACUUUGUUGAUCAACUAUAUCCGUGUGUUGGCAAGUGACAAGCGUAAUAUCGCGCUAGUCAUCAUGUCCAUCGUCGUCGCAUUUCUAGCCGUUGGGACUGGACCGCAGCAGCUGCAGCAAAUUCCUGCCAUGCAGAUCUUCUUCCAAAAUGCUGGAGCGCUGCCGUUCUAUACAAGUGCGGAAGUGGCGUCAUCAAGUCUAUCGGUUGCAUCUACGACCAUUGAGUCUUUGAAUACAGCUUCUUCACUCGUCGCUUCUUCAAAGGUUGCCUUUGAGACGCCUGCACAGAUCGAAAGCAUCCCAGCAUCUAGUGUCGCCUCACUCGCAGUUUCGGAAUCGGUGGAGCCCUCUGCUAAUGAAGAAGCGCCUCGUCCCACAGAAUCUAUGUACCUUUCUACUGAGGAAUCGGGGGUUGAUGCCAUCAAUGAACCGUCACAAUCCAUUGAGACAGCCAUUGAAACAGAGCUACCUGACGCUUUGGAAGCAACUUCAAUUGAACCAUCGGAAGAAACCGACCAUGAGCCUCUCCUUCCUACGACCGCAGCAGAGCACCUAGUUGAGGACACCACUACUUCAGAGGAACUUAGCGAGGAUGCGACACAGACAGAGCUCUCUGAACCUGCUGAAGAAACCCAAAUUAAACAGUUGGAGGAAUCUGAGAAUAAUAUUCCUGACGAUAAAGCUGAGCGAAUUGUUGAGGAGUCCGUUCCCUCAGACGUUACUGAGGUCACCCACGAUAAAGCUGAAGAACUUGUCGAUAAGCAGGUUCCCUCAGAUGUCCCCGAAGUCACCAACGAUAAAGCUGAACAACUUGUUGAGGAACCGGUUCAUUCAGAUGUCCCGGAAGUCAUCCAGGGUGCGCCUGAGGCUACCGAUACACCCAUCGAAGAGCUUGAAGGUAACAUCAACGAGUCAAUUGAUGAGCCAGCAGAAUGA